AUGGAACGUGAUAUGUAUCCUCGGCAGUGGGUACGAGGCUCAGUGGCCAUGGAACGUAAAAAGUUGGUUGCUCAAGGCUUGCUAAACAAAUAUGCUAAGCCAGGCGAAACUCCUCCCAUUCCUAGCUCUAUCCCUGCUCCCAAACGUGAAAGUAGUGCUCACUCAAAUUCCAUGGCAGUCGAAGAGCCAGAUGCUGACGUCUUUAAUGACUUAAGUUCGGACGACUCCAGUGAUGAUGUACAAGCUGCAGAACCCCAGAACGUGCUUAAGGUUGGCUCCUCCGAAAGUGACAGUGAUUAG